UUUCUUCCGACAAUGUAUUUUUAAUUAAGACAAUGCUUCCGCAUUAUUGGGUUUAGUUUCUUUUUUUAAUUAGGGUUCUUCAGAUCGAAUAUCCUCUCUCUCUCUCUCUCUCUCUCUCUCCCACCAUCGAAUCAUGCUAAAGAUCUGAUCUUUCCUCAGAUCCGUAAGUACACAGUUAGAGAGAGAAAGCUACAAAGACUGUCUUUUUUCAGACAAAAAAAGAAACAGACUUUAAUGGUCUUCGCAACUCUCUAACUGAAAAUCCAAACGAGAAAAUGGGUUCGCCGGCGCACAAAAGACCCUCCGGAAGCGGCGGCGGCGGAGGACUCCCGACGUCAACAUCACAAAACGGCGGAGGAGGAAGAGGCGGUCGCGGCGUGCUGCCACGUGGCAGACAGAUGCAGAAGACGUUCAACAACAUCAAGAUCACGAUCCUCUGCGGGUUCGUCACCAUCCUCGUCCUACGCGGCACAAUCGGCGUCGGUAACCUCGGGAGCUCGAGCGCCGACGCUGUUAACCAGAACAUCAUCGAGGAGACUAACCGGAUCCUAGCCGAGAUCCGGUCCGAUUCGGAUCCAACCGACUUGGAAGGCCCUCAAGAAACAGAGAUGAGUACCAACGAGACGUACGCUCUAGGGCCUAAGAUCACGGAUUGGGAUAGUCAGCGAAAGGUAUGGCUCGACAAGAACCCUGAGUUUCCUAGUACUGUCAAUGGCAAAGCUCGGAUCUUGUUGUUAACAGGGUCUCCUCCUAAGCCCUGUGAUAAUCCUAUUGGUGAUCAUUACCUCUUGAAGUCUGUGAAGAACAAGAUUGAUUACUGUAGGCUCCACGGGAUUGAGAUUGUUUAUAACAUGGCUCAUCUGGAUAAGGAGCUUGCUGGGUAUUGGGCCAAGUUGCCUAUGAUUAGGAGGUUGAUGCUGUCUCAUCCUGAAGUUGAGUGGAUCUGGUGGAUGGAUAGUGAUGCUUUGUUCACUGACAUACUGUUUCAGAUCCCGUUGGUUAGGUACGAGAAGCAUAACCUGGUGAUCCAUGGUUAUCCGGAUUUGUUGUUUGAUCAGAAGUCGUGGAUUGCGUUGAACACUGGUAGCUUUUUGCUGAGGAAUUGUCAGUGGUCGUUGGAUUUGUUGGAUGCUUGGGCUCCUAUGGGACCUAAAGGACCGAUCCGCGAUGAGGCUGGGAAGGUGCUGACGGCUUAUCUUAAAGGAAGACCGGCUUUCGAGGCGGAUGAUCAGUCGGCUUUGAUCUAUCUCCUGCUUUCUCAGAAAGAUACAUGGAUGGAGAAAGUGUUUGUGGAGAAUCAGUACUACUUGCACGGGUUUUGGGAAGGUUUGGUGGAUAAGUAUGAGGAGAUGAUGGAGAAGUAUCACCCGGGGUUAGGUGAUGAGAGGUGGCCGUUUGUGACCCAUUUCGUUGGGUGUAAACCGUGUGGUAGCUACGCUGAUUACGCGGUCGAGAGGUGUUUGAAGAGCAUGGAGAGGGCUUUUAACUUUGCAGACAAUCAAGUGCUGAAGCUGUAUGGUUUUGGACAUAGGGGACUGUUGAGCCCCAAGAUUAAGAGGAUCAGGAAUGAGACGGUUACUCCGUUGGAGUUUGUAGACAAGUUUGAUAUCCGCAGAACAACGCAAGUGGAAACCAAACCACAGAACUAGAGGAGCUCUUCAUGGACACGUAUAGGUAAUAUAUAUGACACUUACAAAUGCAAAGCAAAAUUUGUUUGCCUGUACUUGCUACUUCAUUGUUUCUUCUUCUGCUUUUUUUUGUUUUCGUUUGUUGUUGUUUGCAAGAAUAUUUUAGUUGCAAAAUUCUUUUUUUCCAUAGAUGUUUUUUGUUGUGUUUUCUUCAGUCUAAUAUACUUUGUCAUUGCUCGUGACUA